UCAACCACAUUCAAAAUUUUGAUCCACCAUGGCGAUCCCUGGCCCAUACCGUCGUGAGCCGGAGGAACCAAUCACCAUUUUUCCACAUUCAUACACUCGCCUGCCGGAUGACACCGAUUCGGCUGGAGCUCCGGAGAAUUACCGGAAACCCACGAAAGUAGUUUUGUUAUUCUUUUCUUUUCUGUUGAUGGCCGGAAUUGUUUCGCUGUUCGUGUCGGAUUCUUCGCCGGAGAAGAUAAAUCCGAUGCCACGUGGCCCCUCCCACGGGGUGUCGUCGAAGUCAUUUGGCCCUAGGCCGUUGUUGGGAACGCCGGCGUUUCAAUGGACCGAUCGGAUGUUGGCUUGGCAGAGAACAGCUUUCCAUUUUCAACCUGAAUAUAAUUGGAUGAAUGAUCCAAAUGGUCCACUGCAUUACAACGGAAAGUACCACUUGUUCUACCAAUACAACCCAGAUGGUGCGGUAUGGGGCAACAUUAUAUGGGGCCAUGCCAUAUCAGCGGACCUGAUCCAUUGGCGGCACCUCCCAGCGGCAAUGGUGGCCGAUCACUCCUACGACGUCAACGGUGUCUGGACUGGGUCCGCCACCAUCCUCUCUGAUGGCCAAAUUAUGAUGCUUUACACUGGAUCAACCAAAGACCAUGUGCAGGUCCAAAAUCUUGCAUACCCUGCCAACUUAUCCGAUCCUUUGCUCAUGAAUUGGGUCAAGUACUCCGGCAACCCGGUUCUUGUCCCGCCACCCGGCAUCGGUGCCCUUGAUUUCCGUGACCCGACAACCGCAAUGUACACGGCUGAAGGCAAGUGGCGGGUCAUUAUAGGGUCUAAGGUGAACAAAACUGGCAUGACACUAGUGUAUGACACAAAGGACUUCAAAAGCUUUGAGCUGUUAAAUGGGACGCUCCAUGAUGUCCCGGGUACGGGUAUGUGGGAGUGUGUGGACUUUUACCCGGUUUCCGAGACUCACGAGAAUGGGCUGGACACAUCAGUGAAUGGUGUGGGAGUGAAACAUGUCAUGAAGACUAGCCUUGAUGAUACAAGAAAUGAUCACUAUUCACUUGGGACUUACGAUGAGAAAUCUGCAAAAUGGACUCCUGAGAACCCUAAAUUGGAUGUUGGCAUCGGAUUGAGAUAUGAUUAUGGAAAAUUUUACGCGUCCAAGACAUUUUUUGACGGAAAGAAGAAGAGGAGAAUCCUGUGGGGUUGGAUUCCUGAGAGCGAUAAUGAACGCGCUGAUGUCAAAAAGGGUUGGGCCUCCCUUCAGGGCAUUCCGAGGACAUUAUUGUUCGAUAAGAAGACUGGCAGCAACCUAAUUCAAUGGCCGGUUGAGGAGGUUGAGAGACUCAGAUUGAGCAGCAUUGAACACAAAAGGGUGGUACUUGAACCAGGGUCAAUCAUGCCACUUGAUGCUGGCAAAGCAACUCAGUUGGACAUCACUGCUGAGUUUGAGAUAGAUAAGAAGGCCUUGGACAGAAUGAAUGGAACCAAUGUGGCUGACAGUGGCAGCAGCACCUCCUGUGGUGCAGCCGCGGAACGCGGCGCGUUGGGACCAUUUGGCUUCUUGGUUCUUGCAGACAAGAGCCUUUCUGAGCAGACUCCUGUGUACUUCUAUGUUGCCAAAGGGACUGAUGGCAAUUUCAAGACUUUGUUCUGCACUGAUCUAACAAGGUCUUCUGAGGCACCGGAUGUUGUAAAGCCAAUCUAUGGCGACGCAGUUCCUGUACUAAAAGGCGAAAAACUAAGUAUGAGGAUACUGGUGGAUCAUUCGAUCGUAGAAGGCUUUGCUCAAGGUGGGAGGACUUGCAUCACCUCAAGGGUGUAUCCUACAAAAGCAAUCUAUGGAAAUACUAAGCUGUUCUUGUUCAACAAUGCUACUGAUGCAGACAUUACUGUCUCAUUCAAGAUAUGGCAGAUGAAUUCUGCAUACAUACAUGCGUAUCCCACCGGACCCUUAAAUUAAAUCUGGUAAAAUUUUGGUCAAUCUCAUCAGCCUCAAUCAAAUUGUUCAAAGUAGACAUACCCAAUUCUUUUUUUUUUUCAAUUUAUUUCGACCAAUUGAAAUUGUAAUCUUUUGGUUCAUGGAAGAGGUAUUGUAUUCAUAUGCCAUUGAUGUAUUUAUUUAACAUUGUUAUUUGAAGUUGUUACAAGUUCAUAAUAAGUUCUUUGAAUAUUCAGAUCAUUAUAUAAAUGAAGUUAUGAUUUUAUGGAAA